AUCGAUUCAUUAAAUGAAUUUGCGCCGUUUACGGAGAGAAAACUAUAUCGUCAAAAAACACCGUGGCUGACGAAAGACCUCAAGCUGGAGUUACAUAAUCGUGAUACUAUUUAUAAGCAAGCUCGCAGAACGGAGAAUUUAAAUCUCUUAUCCUUAUAUAAAAAACUAAGAAGCGAAUUAAAAAUUAAGAUAUGUGAUGCACGUGAUAAUUAUUUUAAAAAUGUUUUAGAGGAAAGUGCUCAGGGCUCUGACAUUUGGUCCAACCUGAAAAAGCUAGGAAUUAUUAAACCUAGGCAGUCUUCACCACUGGAUCACUUUGAUGCAAAUUUACUGAAUAAUUUCUACGCUAGUACUGUUACCAAAUACCCGUCAUGUGACAAAAAUUUCGUCUUUGAUCUACCCAAUCAUCAUACGAAACAAGUAAAUUGUGUCUUCAACUGGUCAAAGUUAGAUAUUGUUGAUGUGACAAAAAAUCUCCAGCUAACGUUAUCAAAAUCUAAAGGUAACAGUCCGGACGAGCUGGAUCUUAAGUGGUUGAAGGAUCAUCUGUCGCAGAUUACUCUCUUUCUGACUGCCUUAUUUAACCGCAGCAAAGGAAAACUGAAGUUACUUGAUGGUUUUGACCUACCACCAAUCAUUGUUGAUGGUAAUGUCAUAGCUUAUGUCGAUACCACUAAACAUCUAGGCAUCGAACUAUCGAAUAACCUCUCAUGGAAUGCUCAUACUUCGCAAAUCUCUAGGAAGGCCUAUGCUGCGUUAAACAGCUUGAAUACAAUAAGAUUCAUCUUUAAUCUUAAGCGGGAUGAGCAUAUCACGCCCUAUCGUCAAGAUUUAAGAUGGCUCGUCAGUAUUAGGAUGCAUAGGAUUUAUAGUCUGGCAUGUUAUUUUUACAAGUUAUUGCAGAUUGGAGAACUAAAAUAUCUGCGAAAACUGUUCUGUAAUGAAGAUGAAAGUGUUAGGCGUUCGGAUAGACUUGCUCAGAAAAAUAAUAAUAUUAUCUUCAGAAUUCCUAAUUUCCAUUCUGUUGUCUUUGAACGCUCAUUCGUAGUGUCAGCUAUACGCCUAUGGCAGGAACUUCCGCUGGAUUAUGUCAUAAGCUCUUUAUCAAUAGGGAGUUUUAAACUCAAAAUGCUAAAUUACCUUUUGGAUCUUGAAGCUGGUGGUAAAGACGAAUUAGUAGGAGUUGUAAAUCUUGUAAACAUUGUUAAGAGUAGAUUUGUAAAUUUG